UGUAAUAUACUUCAUUUCACGACAUAUCCGCCUCUUGAGUUCGCAAGUUCAAUUGUCUCUCGGUUUGAAAUCCUCCAAUUUCAUGUUUACUACAAUAUGGUGAAAUCCAACCUCUCUAGAGAAUGGCAAGAUUUUACAGCCACGAAGCCCAAGAUCAUCGACCACGAGCAAGGUUUAACCGGCAUUCGAGAUCAGAUCAAUGUACAGGCCCUUGAAAACAUUUCGCGAUUGAAAGAGCCGUCCUUCCAAGCACUUGCCGACCACGUCGAAGCCAACGAUGAGCACAUAUCUCUGCCCGAAGUCGAUGGACACAAAUUUCGAGUUCGAAUUUAUAAGCCAAAGAGGGCAUCCGAUGAUGAGCUACCCGUUAUGUUAUACUUUCACAGUGGAUACUGGUCUACGGGCAAUGCUGACACAGAUGAGUUGGGUUGCCGUGCAAUGAUCGCUCAUGGGAACGACCUUAUUGUGGUUUCUUUCGAAUAUCGUCUGAUCCCGGAAGCUCCGUGGAAUGUGAUGCUAUCCGACGCGCAGUACGCUGUGAAAUGGCUGUAUAACAAGGCGAAAGAGUAUGGCGGAGAUGUUGGCAAAGGAUUUCUGGUUGGUGGUUCGGUCGCUGGAGCUCAUCUUGCUGCAACUUCAGUCAUCAGAGCACGAUAUUCAUAUCCAGAGAUCAACAUCACCGGACAGUGUAUCAUUGUACCGGUGGUUCUGUCUUCCGUCAGCUUGGACCAACUUCCAAGGACUUGGAAGAAUCUAGUAACUUCGCAUGAAGAGAAUUCCAACUCCCCACUGCUUACCGAGGACCAAUAUCAACGCUACCUUCUGGCACUCAAUGUCCCAGAUGACCAGUCAAAGAAGGGUGAGAACUUUCCUGCUUGGGCAGAACACCAAGGCUUGCCUUCGGCAUACUUGGCUAUGGAUGGACCAGAUCCCAUUCGUGAUGAGGGCUAUCUUUACGACAAGCUGCUGCGUGAAGCUGGAGUUCCCACCAGAAUUGAUCAUUAUGAAUUGCCGAACUGGUUUGUCCAAUUUCCUAAUUUGCCAUCAACUAGUAAGGCUGGGAUGGAGCUUGCGGCAGGGGUACGCUGGCUGCUGGAAGGUAACAAGUACGCUCUUUGA